AUGGAGUUGGUAGACCCACCCACGAUAGGAGGGAAGUUCACUUGGUCAAACAAGUGUGGUAGUGCAAUGAGUAGGUUGGAUAGAUUUCUUUUGUCAUCAUCCUUCAUUGAUGAUUGGAAGAUUGAAGGACAAACUAUAGGAGAUAGAUAUGUGUCGGAUCAUGCUCCCAUUUGGAUUCGAGACAACAAAAGGAAUUGGGGACCUAAACCUUUUAGAUUCAAUAAUCUAUGGUUUAGCCACAAGGACUUCUUUUCAUUUAUGGAGAAGGAAUGGAACUCUUUGGAGGUGAAGGGGAGGGGGGAUUUUUGUCUUGUGGAAAAAUUGAAGGCCCUUAAAAGCAAAAUUUCUUUGUGGAAUAAGGAGGUGUUUGGUUGGAUAGAUAUUAAUAUAGAGGAGGCGGAAAAGGAGAUGCACUUUUUAGAUAACAAGUUUGUUCAUUUUGCAGGCAAUGUUCCGGAGGAGGAGGUGGCAAAAAGAUCCAAGGCGGCCAUUGUGUUUUGGGACAAUCUUUAUAAAAAAGAAGGUUUCCUUCGUCUAAAAUCGAGACAAUUGUGGCUUGCCGAAGGCGAUUGCAACACGAGGUACUUUCACAAUUCUCUUAAAGAGAGAAGAAGGCGGAAUUCUUUGUGCUCUCUUUUGUCAAGUAGAGGAGUGCUUGAAGAUGUUAACGAGGUCAAAGAUUUUACUUUCAAACACUUCAAGUCUUUUUUCGAGGAUGAAGGAGGAGGGGAGGGGAUGAAUUUAGAGCGUCCGUUCACGGAGUUGGAGAUUAAGGAGGCUAUUUGGUCUUGCGAUGGAAACAAAAGUCCCGGGCCGGAUGGUUAUUCUUUAGAGUGA